AGUGACAUAUUUUACCAUAUCAGUGUAUAAAACGAAGGUAGUAAAUACAAAAUACGACGCACUAGAUAUUGCCAAAUGUUGCGCAAAAUAAUUUUAAUAUCUUUAGCUAUAGCUGGAUGUAUGGCAGAUAAUCCAACAGUAGAUACGGACAUUAUCGGAACUAUAAGUAGAAAUCUUUAUCAAGCUCUAAAUAAUGUAGAAAGGUUUGCCGUGAAUAACGCAAGAGUACUGCAGGAUACAGCAUCACCAGUGGUGAAUAUUUUUCCCCAUCUACUACCAUCUGUAUUAUCUAGCUCACCGGAUAUACGUCCAGCACCAGGCUUUGACGAAAUUACAGCAAGCAUUUUUCGAUAUUUUAAAGCCAUUUUUACUUAUCAAAUGGAGCUAAUACAAAUGGCGCAAAGUAUCAGUGAGCGCGUUCUAUCCUUUCAAAUUUUUCCUUCUAUACCUGAAAAUUUUGAAUUAGAUGAUGUACGUGACUCAAUUUCUAAAUGGAUAACAAAAAACCGGUUCUUAUUAGAAGAUCUAUUAAAAGAUAUUUUAGAUUAUAUGCCAGCAUUUCCUCAACUUCCAGAUUUUAUUGUCCCCAUGGGGAUAACCGUCAAUGAUUAUAUCAAUAAUUUACCAGAAUCAACCCGUGCUACUUUUGGCAAUAUCUUGGACUUUACUGUACCCCUUCUAUCAAUGGAUACUUCUGAUACUUUGGAAACAUUACUUAAAGCAUUACCGUUACAAAUAAAAGCUGAUAUAUCUGCUUCAACAUCACCAAAUAUAUCAGAUUCAAUAUUACCCAAUGUAGCAACUUCAACAUCAUCGGAUAUAGCAGUUUCAACAUUACCCAACGUAGCUGUCACGACAUCGCCCAAUAUAGCUGUUUCAACAUUGACCAAUUUAACUUCUUCAACUACGCAGAGUAUAGCUGUUACAACACCACCUAAUAUAGAUCUUCUAUCAUCUCUUACGACAGGCUUUCCAAUGUCAUCUUCGACAGCCAAUCCAACAUCGGCCACGACAGCGGUUCCAAUAUCGUCCAAAAAACGCUUUCCCAAAUUCCCAAAUAUAUUUAAUUUAACAUCACUCUUUUCUGUGCCUAAAUUUAAUUUUACUUUUUGAUUGUGUUGUAAAUAAAAUAUCAAUAAAAACAUUGCAAAAAA